AUCCAUUGAUUUUCCCUUAUCGACGCGCUGCUAAGCCUACAGUAUAGAGAUACCAGUGCCUUGAGUACAGCGGCUUCCCUCCGUUUCCCAGCACUGUACACCACCCCAAACCAAACGUCUGGUUCAACAGGUCGCUUCAGUGGGUUCGUUUGGAGCGCCUGUUACCUAUCCAAUCACCGGAUUAGUGCAUGCGCAACGUUUCUAACGGGAAAUUGCAGACCCUUCAUCUCUUUUGCCCUGAAAUGAUCCGGAACACACCCAUAGCCGUCCGUCAUCCGAGUAUACAUAUGUAGGCGCUUGGUGCCUCAGCGAAUGCGAUCAUUCCCCCACUGCGCGCCUCCCCCUCUCACCUUGUUUCCUGUCCCUUACGAUGCACGAGCUAUUCUACAUCCCGGAGCUAAUCGGCCUCAUCUGCGAGGCUCUGCGUCUAGACUCCUUCUCUCAUCGCAACGAUCCUCAUGCAGCGCGCAAGGCGCUUGCCACCCUGGCGCGGACAGCAAAGGUCUUCAGAGAACCUGCUUUGUCGUCACUAUGGUAUACCCAACAUACCUUGGUGAACCUCGUCAAAGUCCUCCCUCAUUUCCUGUGGCGCGAGCAGCACUACACAGUACGAGUGCUCAAGGCGUCACGAUUGCGACACGAGCUCAGUGUCAGCCGUACCCCCACUCAGGAGGAAGCCGCGCGCCUCGUCUUCUACGCCGCUUUUGUCAAGGAGCUUUACAUGGGGUAUGAUCCCCGUGUUUCCAUCGACUUCGACUAUGACUUCAUCCACGUCUCGCCCUACUUCGAUUAUCUGCAGCUGCGCCUGCUGUCGUUCUCGAGCGACGCUUUUCGCUGUGCUCAGGCUCUCGUGCGGCCAAGCUUACAGGCUAUCGAGCUGCACGGCCAAUGGGACGCGCCCAACACGCGGGACGCACUGCGCACCGUCAAGACCGUGUGUCGCUCUCUUGGGAGUGUGCGGCUCCAUACUACCAUGUCAGCCCCGCUGGAGUCGGGCGUAGACCCAGGCGCACAGGAAUUAGCGGACUUUGUCGUGGGCUUCCCGCUGCGGCAGCUACGCACGAGUGGGAGAAUCGCGGACGCCGGCCUGCAGUACCUCGCGAGGCUGUCGACUCUCACCUCCCUCGAAUUCACCGAAUCAGCGCCCGGCCAGGGCUUUCCCCGCGGGAGCUUCUCCGCCCUCAGGGAGCUGAAGGUCAUCUGCACUUCCCAUGCCUUCGCGCUGUCGCUGUUUGCCGCCAUGGACCGCUGCCCGCUCGAGACCCUUCACUGCCACUCGACCAGCGCCUGCAGCACCCCGCAUCUGCACGCUAUCCUCGCCGAGCUGGCUCGCGGCGUGAACCCGCGGACUCUGACGCAGGUCGCGUUCUCGUGCAACCAUUUCGAAGACGACGAGAGGCCGCGCGACGACAACCUGAUCAAUCUGCCCAUCAUCGCCCCCCUUCGCGUAUUUCGCCGCCUCACACACGUAUGCGUCACCUCCCUGGACGGCUGCCGGUUUACAGACGAGGAGCUGGCGGAGAUCGGCUCUUGGUGGCCGCGCGCGACGUGCAUCACCUUGCCAGGGUGCAACCAUGCCCGAGGGCUGCCUCAUGCGACGAUCCGUGGCGUCCUCGCCCUCGCGCGGCAGACGCCACAGCUGAAGGAGCUCGACGUCGUCUUCGACAUGCGCCGUGUUCAAAGCGCGCUUUCGGACGUAUGCGCGAUGGUUCAUUGUACUGGGCCGCAGGAGUCCCUGUCGUCUCUGGGCGUCGGCUCUUCUCCGAUAACGGCAUGGUUCCCUGCGCCCUCGUCUGCGCCAAUGGCUGGGAUGCCGUCACCCAAAGCCUGCGGGCUGGGACCUCACGCAGACCCCGUGGUUCAGGUGAUGCGUUUGGCCUUCCCCCGGCUGAAGGAAGUGUGCGUGGCCGACGAAUCCGAUGGAUGGGCUGGCGACUUCGACGCAGAGGAUUGGUCGGAGCAGGAAGAAGCAUAUCGCGCGCGGUGGCUACAGGUCAACGAACACCUUGCCCUUACGCAGCCAGUCGCAGUCGCGUAA